AGGCAGGGCCCCGCGGGCCGUUGGGGCGCGGGCGGCCCUGCCGCGGCGCCGCCCUGCGCUCGCCGCGUGCUCUUCCCCGCCUCCCGCCGGCAGCUCCGGCCGGGCAGGCGGAGGCCUGGCGCGCCGCGCUGCAGGUGGGCAGCGAGCUGCUGGUCCGCGCCGACGGCUCCGAGGGCGGCGAGUGGAUCGCCGGCGUCGUCACGGCCACCAGCGCGUCCGACGUCAAGGUGCUUGCUUUCGGGCGCGUCUUCAAGGGCCUGGUCCUGGCCCGCACCUCGCCGUGCCUCAAGCAGAAGCCGGAGACGCCCUCGCUCGACGAGCUGCCCCCGGGGCUCUCUGGCGGGCGCAGCAGCAGGAGUGGCGUCGCCCAGAGCGGCCAGAGCGGCAGCUCCGCGAACUCGUACCCUCGCGGCCACAGCAGCAGCUCUGGGUGCUCGUCGCACCCUCUCACUCUCAACCUCGUCGCCGGCGUCGCUGGCAGCACGGUGAAGGUGAAGGUCGCGCACGGCGCGACCGUCGAGGCGCUGCCGGAGGGCGGCAUCAUGCUCAUGGGCGGCUACGGGUGCCACAUCCUGGAGGGCGUGUGGGAGACCCAGCAGAUCAAGAAGCAGCUCACCUCCCGGGGGAGAGCCGACAAGCGGCCCGGCGCGGCGGAGCCUGCGGCACAGGCCCAGGCCCCCCCGGCGGCGCGAGCCCCGGCGGCGCGAGCUGGCCGCAGGCCCGCCGCGCCGAGCGAGGGCAGCGCCACCACGGCGCCCAGAAGCGUGUCCUGCGACCCGCUGCCCGAGGGCGGCGUGCUGCUCGCUGGGGCCCACAUCUCGCUGCAGGGGACGUGGGAGCAGCUGCCCGAGGUGGAAGCGAUCCCCGAUCGCGCCCGCAGCGCCACCUACAACGCGCUGCCAGACAUGGCGCGUCUCAGUGCCAGGCUCGAGAGCGUGUCGGAGAGGUCGCAGGAGUCCGACAGCAACUCCGAGGACGA